AGGACGGCGGCGCCUUUCAUAUGGCCUUCCGAAAUUGAAAAAAGACAGAUUGGUGCAUUUGGGAUUAGGGAUAGGGUUUGUGCUGCUUGCUGAUCGCGAGAUGUUGGAGGUGGUGUUGAACGAUCGGCUGGGGAAGAAGGUGAGAAUCAAGUGUAAUGAGGACGAUACUAUCGGCGACCUGAAGAAACUGGUGGCGGCGCAGACCGGCACCAGAGCCGAGAAGAUUAGGAUACAGAAGUGGUAUACCGUAUACAAGGAUCAUAUCACUCUUAGGGACUAUGAGAUCCACGAUGGAAUGGGUCUCGAGCUCUACUACAACUGAAAGGUGGCGUACCCAUGUAAUGGGGGCAGGAUGACAUGGGAUCUUUAGCAAGAGAUGCUGUUGUUUCCAUUUACUUUUCACACAAUGGCUUGCCAACGUGGUGUAAAAACAUAAUAUAUAUAUAUAUAUAUAUAUAUAUAAAGACUAGUAGCUUUUUUAAAUGGUACCAUCAGCAACUAAUUGUUUGUAGAUGAUGGCUUGUAUCCAUAUAUGCAUCUAUUUUGAUGUAGUCCAUGUAUGAGCCAGGGGAAAUUUUGGUCA